UCAGGUGACCAAAGCGGAAAUACAGUCAUAUGACCGAGACACAUCCUCAGCGGUAAUGUAAAAUCUGUGUGUGAAGGUGAAUAAAAUCCUGUGAAUGAGGAUGUUUUAUUGUCCUCUCACGGGUUUGUCAUACGGAUGUUCAUUUGUGUCUGAAUAUCUUGCUGAUCGAGUUGCAGUGAAGUCGCUCCACACUCCUCCUCCGCGCCUGUCGGGUUAAAGAUGCUGCUGCUGUUGUGCGCAGUGAGCUGCGCGCUGGUCUGCGCGGAGCCCUACAAGCCCGACUGGAGAAGCCUGGACGCCAGACCGCUGCCCAAAUGGUACGACGAGGCCAAGUUCGGGGUGUUCGUCCACUGGGGCUUGUUUUCAGUACCGGCUUUCGGCAGCGAGUGGUUCUGGUGGAACUGGCAGGGUGCGCUGGAGGUCAAGUACAUCCAGUUCAUGCUGGAGAACUAUCCUCCCGGAUUCACGUACGCAGAGUUCGCGCCGCACUUUAACGCGCAGUUCUUCCAGCCGGAAGAGUGGGCGGAAGUGUUCGAGGCUUCCGGUGCCAAGUAUGUUGUUUUUACCGCGAAACACCAUGAAGGUUUCACUAACUGGGGAUCACCGACAUCAUGGAACUGGAACUCAGUUGAUAACGGGCCUCACAAGGACCUUGUUGGGGAGCUGGGGACUGCCGUUCGGAAAAGGUCUCUGCACUAUGGACUAUACCAUUCCUUGUAUGAAUGGUUCAAUCCGCUGUAUCUAAAAGAUAAGAAGUCAGGCUUUAAGACCCAGGAAUUUGUUUAUCGCAAAGUCUUUCCAGAGCUCAUUGACCUUGUCAAAAGGUAUAAACCAGAGCUGAUCUGGUCAGACGGGGAUUGGGAAGCCCCUGACACUUACUGGAAUGCGACGGAAUUUUUAGCCUGGCUUUAUAACGACAGUCCAGUGAAGGAUGUAAUUGUGGUGAAUGACAGAUGGGGGAUCGGAACAUACUGUAAACAUGGAGGUUACUUCAACUGUGCUGAUAAGUUCACUCCAUCCACCUUACCCAAGCACAAAUGGGAGAAAUGUAAUUCAAUAGACACGUACUCCUGGGGUUAUCGCAGGAACAUGAGGCUCGAUGAUUUGAUGGAUUUGCCCGCCAUUAUAAAGGAUCUCGUCUUCACCGUGGCUUAUGGAGGAAACUACCUGCUGAAUGUCGGACCGACGUCAGAUGGCAUGAUCCCGACCGUGUUUGAGGAGCGUCUCCGAGGUAUUGGCGCCUGGCUGAAGGUUAAUGGUGAGGCCAUCUACGCCACCACACCAUGGAGAGUUCAGGCUGAGAAUGCCACUGUGCCAGUCUGGUACACUGCCAAAGGCUCGACCGUGUAUGCCAUCUUCCAUACCAGACCAACGAAGUACUCAUUCCAGCUCUUCUCUCCUGUAACCUUCGACAACACUGUGGUGACUCUGUUGGGAAGCUCUGAGCCUUUAAAGUGGGCUCCUCUGCAUUCAUCAGGACUGCUCCUGCUGCUGCCUGAGCUGCCGUCCAGUGCUGCUGGGGCGUGGGCCAUCAAACUGGAUGGAGUGGCUUAAUAGUCUGUGUAAGAUGGUUUUUACACAAGACUGGAUCUUGCCUUAAUGUUUUGCCUUAACUUUUUUUAAAUUGAUUAUCAAGAAAUUUUUAAUGUUUUUAAAAUGAUUUUAUAAAUACACUGUAUACAAAUCACUGUAUUACAAUCUAUGCUGAAUAAAUUUUCUGUUCAUUUGUAAAA